AUUCAUAAGUAUUUUGUUCUAUACUGUAGUUCUAGCCAAAAUGGUCGUCUUGAGUAGGCUCUUGUUUGCGAGAAAUCAAAAAAUCUUUCAUAUAAAUGGAUUAUUAAAUAAAUUAAUACAAAAAAACAAUAAUAAUUACACAUUUCAAAAUCAAGGGGCGUUAAGAUGGAUGUCAGAACAUCGAACUAUGAAUAUAACUCCAAGUCGUUGGCAAUGGCACAAAACUAAAGAUUGGAUGCAUUUUUAUUUCUUUGUAGGUGCUAUACCUGCUGGUUUAAUUAUCUUUUUUACCAAUGUUUUUAUAGGUCCUGCUCAAUUAGAACCAAUCCCAGACGGAUAUAGUCCAAAACAAUGGGAAUAUUAUAGUCAUCCUAUUUCAAGAUUCUUAUCCAAAUACUUUUUUCCAAACGAACAAAUGGAAUAUGAAAAACUUCUUCAUAAAUUAACAGUAGCUAACAACAAGAGAUUAUUAUUUAAGUUAGAAAAACAAAUACGGGAGUUAGAAAUGAAACAUAAUGAUUAUAAAUAUUGGUCGUAUAGACAAGGUUCAGCAUCACAGAUAAUAAAUCUAAGGAAAAAGAUUGAUGAACGUGAUCCUAAUGUAAUUGGAUCCUAAUGUAGUUGAAUGAUAUAUAAAAUAAAUUAUAUGUAUUUAAAUAUAAAGUAAAUUUAACAUAGGAAAUAAAGUAAAGUAAAAUAAAAUAAUUUAUAUUUAAU